AUGGCCUGGCUCGACGAGGCGCAGGAGUGGGUGUGGACGGACGCGGUGCAGGUCGGGGGGAGGGUGUUCCAUGCGAGCUGUCAUCGCGAGGCGUACGGGUCGCUGCAGCAGACGUCGGGGAGUACUGUGGCGGGGGUUGGCGUGCUGGGGAAGAGGAAGGCUGAGGAUGAGGGUGGGGGACUGAGGGGGAAGAUGAAGGUGGAGGGGCAAUAUUAG